AGGGCGGCGGGUAAACACGAGCCACUGGCCUCUUCCGUUACCUAAACAAUUUGCUCCUUCAAUUUCCCUGCGUGCGUAAAAUGUCCUGCUGAUCAAAUUAUCAGGCUUGCGCCGGUUCGCGUCCUCCACAGGCGGAGGAGUGAGCUCUCGUCCCUGAAGAAGUUCCAACACAUCAUCCCUUCUGCUCUUCUUCUAUUUUUUUGCUUCUGUGAAUAUAUAUUUUUUUAAUUUCCAUCCGAGCUGGGCAGCGGGGGCUCACAGCAUGAUGGCCGCUGCACCCUGAGGGGAGAUGGAUUUGGAGGUGAGGGAUGCGAACGCGUCGGACUGUUUGUCCCGGAAUGGGAGCGACCGCGGACCUGACGCUUCCUCCGGUGGAAUGUCCACUGCGCUGGCCAGCGUGCUGAUCUUCACCAUCGUGGUGGACAUCCUGGGCAACGUCCUCGUCAUCCUGUCCGUGUACAGGAACAAGAAGCUCAGGAAUGCAGGCAACAUCUUCGUGGUGAGUCUCUCCGUGGCCGACCUGGUGGUGGCGCUGUACCCUUACCCCCUGGUGCUGACGGCCAUCUUCCACAACGAAUGGACCAUGGGCGACCUGCACUGCCAGGCCAGCGGCUUCGUCAUGGGCCUCAGCGUCAUCGGCUCCAUCUUCAACAUCACGGCCAUCGCCAUCAACCGCUACUGCUACAUCUGCCACAGCCUCCACUACGACCGGCUGUACAGCCUGAGGAACACCUGCUGCUACCUGGCCCUCACCUGGCUGCUCACCGCCCUCGCCACCGUGCCCAACUUCUUCGUGGGCUCGCUGCAGUACGACCCGCGCAUCUACUCCUGCACCUUCGCCCAGACGGUCAGCUCCUACUACACCAUCUCCGUGGUGAUCAUCCACUUCCUGAUCCCGCUGCUGGUGGUGUCCUACUGCUACAUGAGGAUAUGGGUUCUGGUGAUUCAGGUGAAGCAUCGGGUCAAACCGGAGCUAAGGACCAAGCUGAAAGCGAGCGACGUGAGGAACUUCCUGACUAUGUUUAUAGUGUUUGUGUUGUUCGCCGUGUGCUGGGCUCCGCUGAAUCUCAUCGGCCUGGCUGUGGCCAUAAACCCUGAGCAAGUGGGGCCCCACAUUCCCGAGUGGCUCUUUGUCAUGAGCUACUUCAUGGCGUACUUCAACAGCUGCCUCAACGCCAUCAUAUACGGACUUCUAAACCAAAACUUCCGCAAAGAGUACAAGACGAUCCUGCUUUCUCUGUGCGUCCCGCGUCUGCUCCUCAUGGAGACGUCCAAGUGUGCCACCGAGGGACUGAGGAGCAAGCCCUCGCCGGCGCCCACCAACAAUAAUGUAGCGGAGCUAAAUUUAUAAAAAGCGGCUAUAAUCCAGAGCCUUGUUGUGGGUGUGAUUCACAAAGUGCCUUUUCACAAGAUGUGUGUCCUGUAAAGAGAUGAGCAUGUUUGAAGAGGACACUGUUUUCACUGUUUUCCUUCCAGCAAUGUCCAACACCACAGUUCCCUCAUGUUGAGGGGAAAACCAUCAGUGUUAUCAUCGUGCUGCGUCGUGACAGCGCCCCCUGCUCUCAAUUCAAAGACUCAUCGGUUAACGUGCAGAAAAGAAGAUUUUCUCUUAAAAUUUCUCAGAGUCAGAACAUACCCGAUCAAUGAUUGGAUGAGAGACCUUCCAUCCUGGCAUGUGUACAUAACAUGCGCUUCGUAUUUGCACAGUUAUGAGCUGGCCCACAUCAAAGA